UUUCAAUUCGUUUCGAACGCGAGGACCGUGCGGACGUGUGCGGCUGGAAAAGCAACGGUGGAAAGCCCAUUACUGACUUCUCUUACGCUCUCGCCGCCGUAGAUUCCCCUCACCUCUAACCCUCAACAGGCGGCCAAAAAAAAACUUUAAAAAAUAUAAACAAUUAAGUCUGCGACGCCUCUCCGCCUUUGCUGUUUUGACUCAAUUGUGUGCCUAAACAAAAACAACCAACAAACAAACAAAACAUAACUUAUCUAUUUUUGUUGAAUUUUUUUUGUGUUACAAACGAAAGCGAAAAACAAGUGCAAAUUUUGAUCAAACCCUACAAAUUCAAAAGUCCUGGAUUAUUUUGAAUUUUUGGCAAAAAAAAAAACAAGACAGCAAUAAAUACGGCAGCUUCCACUAACGGUAAACAGCCAAGUGAAAUCUCAGGCAAAAAAUCAAAUGAAAUAAAGAAAAGAAAAGAAAAAGCAAAGGCAGACAGAAGAAGAAGAAGCAGCACCAGCAGCAGCAGCAAGUGCAAGAGAGCAAAAGCAAAAGAGCUGUAAAAAGAGAGCAGCCAAAAGAGCGUGUGUGUGUGCGUGUGUGUUACUUCCUUAUUUGUAAAAAUUUAUUUUAAAUAAAAUAAAAUAUCAAAUUGAAAAUCAAAGUAAGAAAAAUCAAAGACAAGCCAAGGAAACAAAGUAAGCCACGCUUGCUCACUCGUUGAACAAAAAAAUAACGCACAAUGACCUUGCCUACAAACACACACGCAUCUGCAAACGACGCCGGCAGCGGCAACCACAACAACAACGGCAGCGGUAACAACAACAGUGACGAAGAUUCAGACAUGUUUGGACCACCCCGCUGCUCCCCGCCCAUCGGCUAUCAUCAUCAUCGAUCCCGAGUGCCCAUGAUCUCACCGAAAUUGCGACAACGUGAGGAGCGCAAGCGAAUCCUUCAGCUGUGCGCCCACAAGCUGGAGAGGAUCAAGGACUCAGAGGCGAAUCUGCGACGCAGCGUCUGCAUCAACAACACAUACUGCCGACUGACCGACGAACUGCGUCGCGAGAAACAGAUGCGUUACCUCCAGAAUCUGCCCAGAACCAGCGACAGCGGCUCAACCACCGAACUGGCGCGUGAGAAUCUCUUCCAGCCGAACAUGGACGAUGCCAAGCCGGCCAGCAAUAACACUAGCAAUAAUAAUAAUAAUAAUAGCAAGUCCUCGUCGUACGGCGAUGCCUAUAGCUCCUCCAACGGAUCGUCUUCGUUGGGUCGCGGUGGUGGAAUGUGCUCCUUGGAGAAUCAGCCGCCUGAACGUCAGCAGCUGGCCACGCCCGCUGGGGCAUCCGCUCCCGAGGCGGCCAAUUCGGCGCCACUUUCCGUUUCCGGUUCGGCAUCGGAGCGGGUGAACAAUAGUAACACCAACAACAACAACAGCAACAACAGCAACAACAGCAACAACAGCAACAACAGCAACAACAACCGAAAACGUCACCUGUCCAGCAGCAAUUUGGUCAACGAUCUGGAGAUACUCGAUAGGGAACUGAGCGCCAUCAAUGCGCCCAUGUUACUAAUCGAUCCGGAGAUCACCCAGGGUGCCGAGCAGCUGGAGAAGGCGUCCAUGUCCGCCAGCAGGAAGAGAUUGAGGAGCAAUAGCAGCAGCGAGGACGAGAGCGAUCGAUUGGUGCGCGAGGCCCUGUCCCAGUUCUAUAUACCGCCGCAGCGCCUGAUCUCCGCCAUUGAGGAAUGCCCGCUGGAUGUGGUUGGCCUGGGCAUGGGUAUGGGAAUGAAUGUGAACGUGAAUGUGGGCGGCAUCGGUGGUAUUGGGGUGACAGCAGCUGGCGCUGGCGUCGAAGUUUCCGGUGGCAAACGGAUGAAGCUGAACGACCAUCAUCAUCUCAAUCACCAUCACCAUUUGCACCAUCACCAUCACCUGGAGCUGGUCGAUUUCGAUAUGAAUCAAAAUCAAAAGGAUUUCGAGGUGAUCAUGGACGCCUUGAGGCUGGGAACGCCAACGCCGCCGAGCGGCGCCAGCAGCGAUUCCUGCGGACAGGCGGCGAUGAUGAGCGAAUCGGCCAGCGUUUUCCACAAUCUGGUGGUCACCUCGCUGGAGACAUGAAAGUACCAGUGAAUCCAGAAUCCCGAGCAGCAGACAAAGAUUAAAGAGUUUAGAUUUUAUAUUAGACACCACUUGCAUACAGUUUUUAAGGAAACAUUUAGGCUAUGACACAUAUACUAACCUAAGCUAUUAUAACAUAUAGAAAGGAAAGGAAAAGAAAGGAAGAUCGGACGGAUUGGCCAGUAUUACUCAUUAAUGGCAGUCGCGAUUUGUACAAACAAAUACACAAAAAAAAAAAAGAUAGUUGUAGGCUAAAGAGAAAAACAAAACAAAAAUCAAAGAAUUUGUAGUCAAUACAGCAGAAACAAACAAAAACAAAAAACCAGAACAAUCUAUAAGUUAAAUUUAAUGAAAAGAAAAACAAACUCCAUACUUGUAACACAUCAACAAAAAUUCAGUUGUGGUUUCCAUUUCGGUUUCGUAGAGAGCUCCGUUUAUAUGAAAAAAAAAUUAAACAAAUAACUUCCAAUUUUAAAAAAAAAAACCAAAAAAAAAAACAAAAAAAAAAACUAUGUAAGGCAAGCACAUUCCACAUUGCUAAACAUUAUAUCCCUUAAUUUUGUUCCUACUGAAUUUUUGUUUUUUUUCCACCAUAUAUCUCACAUGCGCAAGAUAUCAAAAAGUUAUAUUGCAUUUAGGAAACACAACUAUAUAUUUUUAAAUGAAAACACUUAGAAGUUCUCCUAGUCACAACAAAAAAAAUAAAACAGAAAACAAACAAACAAGAAAACUGAGACAUGAAAGCAAAUUGAAAUAGCAAU